AUUUAUCAGGUUUACCAUAUGCUUAUAUAUUUAAAAAAAUAGUUUACGAAAUUACGACGAUUGUGAAAAAUAUUUGAUAUCUAUAAUAUGGAUUAAUCCAUGGACUAACUUUUUGCGGAGCUUAGCGAUUUUUCAUUUAUCAUUUACCAAGUUAUGGCAUUCUUAAUUUUAAAAAGUUUCCGGACCACGAAUAUAUUUUUAUUGGUCUAAUACCACUCAAAUAAUGACGAAAGUAGGCGAGCCUAAUUUCGCGUUCAACGGGCAUGGCCACCACGAUCCUUACGACCACGAUUAUUUCGACUAUUUGCCUAUUCAUCAAACCAACGGCUCCAAUAUCACUAAUUGUAUCCCCAGGGGCAAUGUUUCAGGGGAAACUGGUGCUGCGACCACCUUAAAGUAUACUUAUAAUCAACCUCGCUUGAUAUUGGAUAGGACGAGAGCUCUCCAAUCGAAACAGCUAUUGCUUCAAAAGCGAAACGCUCGUAUAUUGAAUAUCGAUACGACAGAUGGUGGUGAUGAUGACAUUAACAUGGCACAUAAUCUUUCUAGCCUUUGCAAUUGCGAGCCAAUAUUGUCCUCGAGUGAACAGGCCGCCAGAGGGGUCUUAGUUAACCGGCGACAUGCCAUAAACUUAGCAAAGAGGACAUUUUUGUCAACCACUUCUCACCUUUCCGAUAAAGUCAAUCGAAAUACACCGAAUGGCUUAACUGGAAAAAAAUAUGGUACUCCGUCUUUUGCAAGCUCUAAAAUUCGUAUUGCUGAUGAAAAAGAAAAUUACGCUACGAGACGGGCAUCUUACCUGAUCGCGACGACCGGCAAGUACUUGGAACCGUAUUAUUAUCCCCACUUUUUACCUUUCGAAAAUAGGGCCAUUAAUCGCGAUGCUAAGAACGAUAAUACAUAUCAUCACGCUUGCAGCCGCGAUAUAAAUCUGCCCACUUCCAUUUUUAAUUGUCCUGCUCUUUCAAAAACUUUGUUACCCACCCAGAAUCUCGAACAUAAUCUCAUCUCCAAAAGUGAAUCUUCGACAAUGACCACCUUAUCACACGACGGGUAUUUGAAGACAACAGUCACGUACACUAUUAACAAUCACUAUCCGAAUAGUCCUUACCCAACGAUUAGCAAACAAUUAGAUAAUAACCAUCCACGCAUUCCUUCCGAUAAUUUCCUUCCAAUUAACCCGAAGCAAAAUACACCGUUCGAAUACAAAAGAUUCGACAAGCAACCCAUCAUUUACGAUCAAUUAAUUGAUAAGGUAAUUUCCAAAUAUGAAAACACCAAUAAUCUUGGUUUACCGAGAAGAAAAAAAUCGCAUUCUCAAUUGACCUUAUCCCCACAUGUUAAGUCAUCUUUAUUAGACCUGAUUCAAUACUCUGGAAACGACAAUAAUCAUAACGAAUCUCCUUCUCAAUCUUCUUUUACUUUUGAUUUCGAUACAUCGCCAACGUCUUGCGCCUCCAAGAAGCACAAAAGUCGUUCGCUACUUCAUUUAAAUGAUCAAACUAAACCCUUGAUAUGUGCUAAAAUUCCCAAUAACGCGCCUUCCGGCCACACCACGAACACCAAUAAAUUAAUCGUUUCUAACUGGGGCGCGGGUCACAAAAUGGUUAGAGCUUUGAAAGAAAAGUUAUCCAACUUUUUGCCCGCUUCUAGUAACAUGGCCGAUAACGCAAUCCACCAAAAAGAAGAAAACCAUCAUAAUAAUAACAGCGUAAGUAAUAUCUUGAGUGAACGUUCCGUCAAUUUAAAAGAUAAUCAGAUAGUGGCUUCGAAGCCCGUGAAUUGGGAAAAUGGUAAUAGCGGUAAUAAUUUAAAACUCGCGAAUCAUGACUCAGAUAAAGAUAUUACGGGGCAAACAUUUGGAAAGACGUUGGAAGAGGCCCUAUCUUCUAUCACCAAUUCCCUUGUCCCUUCUAUUGUAACCGAAUGCGUGCGUAUUAUCGAAACUCACGGUCUGCGUCACGUGGGCAUAUACCGUAUCCCUGGCAAUAAUACCGUUGUAACCGAACUUUUGAAAGCGUUGGAUAAACGUUGCCCUCGGGCUGACACCUCAGACCAGUACAUUGUCUGGGGAGACAAAAGGCUUUGGCGGGAUGUUAAUGUGGUCGCGAGUAUUCUGAAAACUUAUUUCCGGCGUCUUAAAGAUCCUCUCUUGACCAACGAUCUUUACCGUCCCAUUAUCGAGAGCAAUCGAUUAGCAAUUUUGGAUGAACGAUUGAUAACAUUUAAAAAAUUUAUUCACAUCUUACCAGUGCAUCAUUAUCACACCCUGAAAUACUUCAUUAAACAUCUCAACACCAUAGCUUCCAAUUCCCAUCAUAAUAGGAUGAAUCCAAAAAACUUGGCCAUAGUCUUUGGCCCCACUCUCGUUAGGCUUUCGAAUGGGGAUAACGAUAUAGGAACAUUCGUUAAGGAUAUGCCAGAUCAAUGCAAGAUUGUGGAGACUCUGAUAAAUCACUGUGCAUGGUUUUUCGACGAAACUAACCCUAAAUUAGACAUUCCGUAUAGUGGUAAUAUCGACAUCGCAAAUGCCUUGGUAAUUAAUUCCAGGCCAAAGGAUCAGAAGAUAAGCGAUGGGAUAGCUGAAUCGGAUCCCAGCUUUUUCCCUAUAAUCGAAUCUUCUCCGCUUCAUAAUGACUGCGCAUUAUUCCCUAACAUAACUAAAAACUCUUCUAAUCAAUCUCCCAAAUCAACAACCACAAACGAAAAUGAUAGCGGGUUCGGAACUCUAUCUUACCGGGGCAAUCGAAUUAAUCGCUCAAAAACGGCCGACGUUCGAGAACUGACACGACCAAAAUUAUUUACGCGCGAUCUUUUACUUAAUCAAAAUGGACCGGUUAAUAGAGGACAUACGAUUUCCAACGUCCUGAAUUCCAGCAGUGAAAUUAUCCAGAAACAACAUGAAAGGGAUUUAUUCUCUUAUUAUAAUCCUAAACAAUCGUUCAACCCUUUGAAUUUGAGGAAUAACCAUCUCCAUUCUAGGUAUAUCAGCAAAAGCUAUGCUAGCAAGCUAGAAAACACCAGCGGUUCAAGUAGCGGUAGAGAAGAAAGCAGGCAAGGGGACAAUACAAGCGACUCGUCAAGUCUAGGCCAAAAUUUGGAUCCCCUCAAAUCGAUUAAUCCUAGUAAACAUUUUCAGCAACUGCCAUUUAACCCAAGUAGUUCUGCUAAAGUUUCUCAGCAACCACGUUUAGCGCGCCAUCUUAAACAGCACCACUUCUACCAUAACAAUAAAAUCUCAGACACUCCUAUUUAUCCCUUUGAAAAUCGCUUAAAACCUAAGAUAAAUGGGGGCGGAUCUUGCAAAAUAUCCCGAAGACAUACUGUUAUUGGGUUGACUGAUAUUCGAACUGACGUCGCUGAUUGGUUAAAAUACACCAAGAGUGAACUGCGCAGGCGUCGGCCAUCAAAGCGACGUCAUUUGUAUCCAUCCUUUGAUCAAAUGUCUUCGCCAACCUAUUUAGAAAUCAUAGAUAAGGGUUUUAACGGUGCUAAAUUACGCGUUAACCUUAUAAAAACAGUCCUAUCCAACAAAUAUUACGCCGAAUCAGCGGUUUAAAAUUUCGAAUUACUGCCAAAAUAUUAAAUUUCCUUGCAAUUUAUUACACACAGUGGUAAUAAACGAUUAGAUCAUGAUGUGUGCAUUAUCCAUAACAAUUUAUGUAAAAGUUCGCUAUAUUGAUCCUUAAUAUCAUGUCAUUAUACAAGAAUUGGUAUUCUAUGAAUCAAUGAUUGUUACAUUUUAAACUCGUUUAUAUAAAUUAUUCUGCUCUCCAAAUACAAGCACAAACAACUAUUCGGUGUAUUAUUAUAAUGUAUUUUUUUUUGUUUUACGCAUAAUGCAUUAUAAAAUUAACGCGAAAACCUUUACUUUGUAAAUAUAGAAUAUAUUUUGACGAAUAUAUAUUUAUAAAUGAAAAUACUAUGCCUUCUGUUUUAAAAAGAUCUUCCAGUUAAACUAACAAAGAUUUAAAAUUUUGUUCGGCAUAAUUUACAUUUAACAUUAAAAGUUCUUCCAUACAUUUAUUUUUUUGUAAAAACCAUUUUAUAUACCAAAUAUAUUUUUUUAUAGAGACCCCAAGAACCUUAUUACGGAACGAGAUCAUCUGGAACUCUCCGAAAACUCAAUGCGAGUUUUUGAUUAAAUUACAUAUUUCUUAUAAUUUAUUUACAGGAUGUUAUUUUUAAAUAAUCGCGAUAAACCCUUUGGCUUAUUUUAUUUAUUUUUAAAUAAUAAAA